AUGAGACAAAGCAGAGGUCACGAACCAGUAAAGAUCAAGAGUGCUGAAAAAGAUUAACUUAUCGCUGAGUUAAGAUAGCAACUAUAUGAUUUAAAGAGCCAAGACAGAGACUACCGUGGUGUAAGCGAUGAGAUCAUUAACACAGAGAAUCGCUACAAGAUACUAGCUGAUGAUAAAGUGAGAUCAGAUCUAGAGCAAAGAGCCAGAAUCAACAGAGAUAUGGAUGAAGUUGCCGACCUUAGAAAGUAGAUUGACGAUUUGAAGUACUUGCUUGCUGAAAAGACUAAGCAAGGUAUGGAUUUACAAGAUGAAUUACAAAGAUCGAAGAGAGUACUUGAAGAGAAACACUAUGAAGGAAUUAGAUUAAAUGAUGAGAAUUCUAAGAGAUCUGAUUCCAAUCUCGAUUUAAGAGAGAGAGCUAACGAGCUAGAAAAGGAAAUUGAAUACUUAAAAGCCCAAAAGGCAGAUAACUGGAGAGAAAUCAACAGACUGAAAGAAGUGAACGAUUAGAGAGUAAAGGAAGGAGGUGACCAAUAGGACAGAUUGAAGUCCCUCGACUACGAUUUAUCAAGAACAUAAUUGAGAAUCGAAGACACUCAAAAACUUAUCGACGCUAGAAGCUACGACCUUAGAAAUAAAUAAAUCCUCCUCGACGAUGUUCAUAAGGAACUCGCCAGAGUAAAGGAGCUUAACAUUAGACAGGGUUCUGAGGGAUCUCUCUUAAGAAGAGACAACGACAAGUCAUAAGCAGAAAUCUAUGACUUAAGAAAAGAAAUUGACUAUAGCAUCGCUAGAAACGGUGAUUUAUCAACUCAAAUUAGGGACCUUGAAUUCAGAAUAAAAGAUAAGGAUGAUCAGUUAUACGCUUUGAGAAAGGAUCUUGACUCGUAGAAGUAUUCCAAUUCAUCUCAAAGAGACGCCAAUGUAGACUUGCUGAAUGAGAAGGACGCUCUUGAGAAGCACUCCGCUGUUCUUCAAGGACAAAAUGCUGACAUCACUAGAGAGCUAGAUAAAUUCUGCGAAACUGACGAGUACGUGAGAACUCAACUCGACAGAAGAGGCAGAGUUUACGGAAUGAGAUCAAAGAACGAGAACGAGCUCCAACAAAGCUACUACAGGAUUGAGGAGGUUAGAUCUAGAUCCCCCCAAAGAAGAUACUGA